GCAAUUGAUGAGAACAGCGAGUACCGAACCAUCUUCAGCCUUUCAGACGACAAGACCUACCGUUUCCAUCUCCCUCAGAUCCGCGACCGUCGUUGCGUCGGCGCCGCUGACUCCUGGCUCGUCACGGUCGACGAUGUAGCUGAGCUCCACCUCUUCAACCCCUUCACAGGGGCCGAACAUGAUCUCCCUUCCAUCACCACCCUCUCCGUAAUCCAAGGCGUCGAAAGGGACGCUGCCGGCGGCGUCACUGGUUACAUCAUCCAUAUGCCAUGCCGAGAGACGCCGAAUCAUGGUUCUUCCACGACCUGGAAUACAUGCUGAAGUACUUCCACACUAGGGCAGUAGUCUUUGCGGGUUCCGACGAUCCUUCCUCCACAACGGUCUUCAUCAUAUACAGCGACUAUAGAGACCUUGCGUUCGCGAGGCUCGGGGACGACCGCUGGACCGAACUCAACGCUAUCGCGACGUCGCACUUCACAGGGGGCAGUAUUACGGCGUGGUCAACGGAGCCGCACACUUGGUCGCGUUCGACAUCUCGUCUUCACCGCCAAGGAUGACGUUCGUGGGGCCUCCCAACUACGUAUACACCAGGCAGAGAUUUUAUUUGGUGGAGUCAUUGGACGGCGAUCUGUUGCAGAUCUGGAGGGAUGAGUCUUGGGUGACUCCUGACGGGGAUUAUGACGGAGAACUGUCCUCCGGCCUCAUCCACGAGACGCAAGGGUUCACAGUGUUUAGGCUCGAUCCGAAGGGGAGGGCGAUGGUCAGAUUGGAAAGGCUGGAAGAGGGCACUGCCCUGUUUCUAGGGGAUAAUCGUUCGAUGCUGCUCAAGACGAGGGAGCUGCCCGAGCUGAAAGAGAAUUGUAUCUAUUUCACCGACGGAGAGAGCGAGCAAUACAUUAGCCAUCGCCGCAUGAGGCGCGACGUCGGAGUCUUCGACAUGAAGGACGGGGUUGUUCAGCCUCUGUACCCUCGCGACUCGCCCAUAAAUCGCUUAACUUGGCCGCCUCCGGUGUGGUUGACGCCACAUCCGUCCUAAAAGCGAGCAAGGUUUACCGCUUUGCAGCAGAUCUUGAUUUCUUCCUUCUUAGCGUUAGCGAUCAUUGAAAUCGCGACACGUUUCUUAUUUACGUCGUUUUGUUGCUUUUCCUCGAACCUUUGGCAUUACGAUU